CGGCCAACGCCCCCUACCUCCGGAUUGGCUGCGCGGUAUCACGUGACCCCGGCCUCAGCACGGGAGGGGGGGCUGCCGUUGCCAGGCAACACCGCAGCGGGCCGGGGAGCGGCCUGGUCGGACCCGAAGCGGAGCAGGAACCAAUAAAGAUUCUCACUAUUGUGCCAUUGUCAAAACCGCCACCUGUGUUCUUAUGCCCCCAUUUAUCCAUGGUGACGUUGAUUUACUAGCACCGGCUAGUUUCCGGGUAUGCGGUUGAACCUGCUUUGCUGAUGUAAACUGAUCUAAUUUCGUAUGAAGGUCUUUAAUGGAGAUUUAGGCCCCCAAUCUGCUAAGGCGCUGGCCAGGCAUAUCCCUGCAUUUGUGAGACUCUCCACUGGAGUCAAUGGGUCUCCAAGGAGACGGGCUAGCUGGUUCUUUGCAGGACUGGGGCUGAAAUAUGGAGCACCAAGAAGAUAUAUUUACAGAAUUCCUUUUUGGAGCAUUACUGGAAAUAAGGUGGACCAGUGUUCCCAAACUUUUUAUUAAAGUCUUUCUUCAGUGAGACUCAGCAGUAACCUUUAAUGAUGGGAGACGUCCUAGCUUAUGAAGCCGAGUUACUUGGGCUGGUGAAAGAGUAUUUAGACUUUGCAGAGUUUGAAGACACAGUGAAAACGUUUACAAAGGAAUGUAAAAUAAAAGGGAAGCCAUUACCUAAAACAGCAGGUGGUUCCUUGAGAGACUCAAAGGCUUUGAUUAUCCAGAAGGAUCUGCUUACAGCAUUUGAGGAUGGAGAGCAGAAAGUUUUCUUUGAACUUUGGGAAGAGCAUAUUUCCUCUUCACUCCGAGACAAUGAGCCUCUUGCCCAGAAGCUGGAAUUUUAUCUUCACAUCCACUUUGCCAUCUACCUCUUGAAGCACUCCGUGGGCAAGCCUGACAAAGCUGACUUUGAUGAAAGGAUUUCUCACUUUAAAACAUACCUGGAGACGAAAGGGGCUGCACUGAGCCAGACCACAGAAUUCCUCCCCUUCUAUGCUUUGCCUUUUGUUCCCAACCCCAUGGUCCACCCAUCAUUUAAAGAACUUUUUCAGGAUUCUUGGAUGCCGGAGUUAAAGACGAGGUUGGAAAAGUUCCUGUCUCUGACUCUCAAAGCCAGUCAUGCCCCAAGACUUCUCACUUUAUAUAAGGAGAAUGGACAGUGCAGCAAAGAAAUCUUGCAGCAGCUUCAUCAGCAGCUAGUGGAGGCUGAGCGCAGGAGCAUGACCUACCUUAAACGGUUUAAUAAAAUCCAGGUAGACUAUCACAAUCUCAUCGGGGUCACUGCUGAGCUGGUGGAUUCCCUCGAGGCCACAGUCAAUGGCAAGAUGAUCACACCAGAAUAUCUUCAAAGUGUCUGUGUUCGUUUGUUUAGCAAUCAAAUGAGACAAAGUAUAGCACAUAGUAUUGACUUCACAAGGCCUGGAACUGCAUCAACAAUGUUAAGAGCAUCUUUAGCCCCUGUGAAAAUGCAGGAAGUGCCAUUGUUACCCUCUUUGGAUUAUGAGAAGCUGAAGAAAGAUCUGAUCAGUGGGAGUGAUCGUCUUAAAGCUUUCUUACUGCAGGCUCUGCGCUGGCGCUUGACGACGUCUCAUCCCGGUGAGCAGAGAGACACCGUCCUGCAGGCUUAUAUCAGCAAUGACCUACUGGAUAUCCACAACAGUAGCCAGAGAAAUGUGCUAAAAUUGCUACAUUCCAAGAGUGAGGUGGUCCGACAGUACGUGGCGAGGCUUAUCAAUGCUUUUGCUUCGCUGGCAGAAGGUCGGCUCUACCUUUCCCAGAACCCAAAGUUGCUGCGAGUGCUGGAGGAAAGGCUGAAAGCUGAACACAAGGAUUCCCUUACACGGGAGAAUGUUCUGGGGGCUUUGCAGAAAUUCAGCCUCAGACGUGCCUUGCAGUCGGCUAUGAUCAAUGACGGGCUCAUUUUCUGGCUGGUUGAUGUUCUAAAGGAUACGGACUGCCUGUCAGAUUACACGCUGGAAUAUUCUGUCGCCUUGCUCAUGAAUCUUUGUCUCAGGAGUUCAGGGAAGAAAAUGUGUGCGAAAGUUGCAAACCACGUGCUCAAAGUUCUCUCUGAUCUCCUUGGCCAUGAGAACCAUGAGAUACAGCCAUAUGUGAAUGGAGCGCUGUACAGCAUUCUUGCUAUCCCUUCUAUACGAGAAGAAGCCAGAGCAAUGGGAAUGGAAGAAAUUCUGCGGUGCUUCAUCAAGGAAGGAAACGCCGAGAUGAUCCGGCAAAUUGAAUUCAUUAUCAAGCAACUCAAUUCAGAAGAGCCAUUGGAUGAUAGUGUUGAGUCUGAUGAUGAAGAGGAGGAUGAAGAUGAUGAAGAGGACCGUCAUACAAUGGAGGCUGAUCUGGACAAAGAUGAGGUGUUACAACCUCAGCUGGGAGAGCUAUCAGGAGAGAAGCUGCUGACAACAGAGUAUUUGGGAAUAAUGACCCAUACACCAAAAGUGAAGAAGAAGCUGUUUCCUGGUGUCCAUCAGAGCAUAGAUGAGCCUCUCCAGAGACCAGUCACCCCAAGCUAUCACAGAGCUGCAUACCCAACGCCAGAAAAUGAUACCAUUUCUUCACAUGGCAGGGAUGGCAAAUUCCAGUCUAUGCAGAACUGUCGUCCUCCCACUCGGAGCGGUAGCAGGUCCAGCACUUCUGACUUUUACAUUUCCUCUGCAUCAAUUGAAACAGACUCAUCCCAGGUGUUCUCAGUGGGUCUCAGAACGGAUCAACACGUCUCAGAAGUUGCUGAAGUCCUGUCUGCCCGAUCCACUGAUUUUGUCCAGGACAAAAUUAAUGGGCAAUCAUACAGCAGCGAGUUUUCCUCUGCCUUAACUGGCAAACGUAGGGUCCCCCGCACUCCCGAAGUGCAGAGUCCCAGCCCUCGAAAGGGAAAGAUCCCAACCAUUGCACCACAGUUCUCACAGUCUGGACCGCAGCAAACAAGCCGGCCUAGCUCUUCGGGAUCAUCUACAAGAAACAGGCAGAGCAGCCAGUCCUCUAGGAAGUGAGAACAGUUCCUUUCUUCAGCAACCACCUGGCUUAUCCUUUAAGGACACAGGUAGCAUCUUGUAACAAGACUCCUAGCUUCACUGGCAGCGGCCCCAGAGGAGAGUGAGGUUAUCAACACUCCACUGCAUAUGCCUUGCACGUGAUUCAGGGAUUGUCUGAUGGGAUGUGUCCCCUCCUGGUUAAAACAAGAGACCUUCUCAGGAAUCACAAUUUGGGUAGCAGCACCGCUCCAGCAGCAGACGAGGACUGGUUGGGUAGAUGUACGCAAUCCAACUAUUCCUAAUAGUUUAUUCUGAAGCGACAUUGCUGAAUAGCAUUAAACAGUGUGUGUGUGUGUGUGUGUGUGUGUGUGUGCCUUCGCCUUCCCCCUACUCCCCCUAGGGACUGCCCUGGGGAGAAGGUCCAUAGGGCUGAUGUAAUGAGCUGGCUGAAGUGUACUGUUUACAUGUUGUUCGCUAGACCAAUUUCUGGACCUGCUUUUUAAACUGGCCCUUGGUUUAUGAGCUGAGGGGAUGGAACAUCUACGUACAGGGAAACUUCAGCAGCCAAGAAAGACCAUGUGUCUGGUUCUGCGCUGACUAACACCUCAUGCAAUCAUGUUCACUUCAUGGGACUUACAUGCAUGUAAGUGAGCUCUGAAUUUGGCCUGCUGAGAUGUGUGCUGGGUGCUUGAUCAACAGGGAUCAUAGUCUUCUGUGAUAAAAACCCCAAAAUUCUCCUAUAAAAAAAAAUUUAAAAUCCACCUUUUUAUGUGAUGAAAAUGAAACACAGAACUUUCGUUUCCCAAGUCACAAUAUCUAUAGGUAUCAAUUGAACACGAUGUUUUAUUGGUAUAUUUACAAUUUGUAAGCGAGUUCGAAGCCUACCAGUGCCAUCAGUCCUUAAAAUAAAAUAAAAUGAAUAGAAUUGCAAUUUGUAUUUCUUGCUAUACCAGAUACAUCUAUGUCUGUAUUCUAUACAGUGGAACCCCAUUUAUCUGAUCUAAUUGGAAUGGUGGCAGAUCCGCUGAAGCCCAAGCUCUGCCGCCCGGGGCUGUCAGCUCUAGUUUGGUUAUGAUGGACAGCUGGAUAAUGGAGGCUCCGCUAAAGUGUAUGUUUUUAUUUUUUCACAAAAUGUAAAAGCUGAAGCUUCUCUGUAAAAACGCCAAUUGUGCGUUUUUCCGUGGCAAAUGGAUUUCUAGGAUCCCUGUUCAUCCACCUUGUUUGAGAAGUGUGAGUCUGAGGUAUGGGGGGGAAUCUUUUGCAGGUAUUAGUUGGUGUGUACUCAGCAGGCAGUGUUCCGACUCCUCCACUGGGAAGGUGCGUGUGGACCUGCUCCAUUCUGCUGAAGAAUAUAAAAUGGGCAAAGGAGCGACCGGUGGCAACUGAAACAAUAUUUCACCAUUGUCCAAAUGAGUGGAAGUGCUUUCCAGUAGGGAUCUGCUCAGCAGCCUUCCCUGAGGGCGCCGACCCCUUGUGGAGCACUCAUCCUGUUUUUAAAACCCAUUGAAUGAAUAAUCCGCUUUCUCACUUGAGAUGAAGAACUGUUUUCUCCUUUUCUUUUUGUUUUCUCCUUGUGAGUCCCUGAGCCAGUCUUGAGCAAUUCUUCUUUAACACAACCCUCCAAAGUGUGCACCUGGGUAUCCUUCCUUGACCCUUUGUCACCCUCUGUGACAUUCCUUACAUCUGACUUUGAACAAUGAUCUGUUACAUCUUCUUGUGAAAUCUUAGCAGGAACCAGUUUUCUCAAAAUAGACUUGAGCUGUUCUUCAGUAAAUGUAAAGUGGAAGGUGAGUGGGCCAGUCACUGAAUAAGAACUAGAGCAGUUAAUCCUAGCAGUGAUUUAUGAUGCAGAAAUUUGUUUUGUUGUUCAUUCUUUUAAAUGUAGCAGCAAUCAGGAAACGCUGCAAUAGCCACCGGGACUGGCUUUUCAGUAAUAUCCCGUCAGGUGUCAGCACUGAUGGAAACAAAAACAAGAAGCCCUCUUCCAAAUCCUGCACAAUCUGCCUUUGUAGUCUGGCUGCUGAUUGUGGGAGAGGGAUGGGACAGCCAGUGCUUUUUCACUUUUUUACAUGUUCACUUUUCAAAACCAAACAUCGGGGUGCAGGGAGAGAGAGAGAGAGGGGAGUUGAGGCCUUUUGUGCUGGGAUUACUGCAUGUGAGGAAAACAAGUCGAAAACCUUAGACAUGAUAAAGCAACACUGAAUUGAGAGCAUUUGCAAAUUAGAAUGAACCUGGUGGUGGUUUGAAUGGCCCACUGCGUUUGAAACAACAAUUUCAUCACUUUCCCAUAGGAAAGAAAUGGUUGAAUUGUCAUUGAUGGUUUAUACUGAACGGAAAGAAAGUUUUACACUUGGAUUUAGACCUUGGGUGGCAAAUUUCAGCCUAGGGUGAUAUUAAACAGUCAGGGUCAGUUCUCAAUUGGUGCAAAUUGGCAUUGAGUCCAUUGAGCACAGUGAAACUGUGCCUUUUUACUGCAAGUGGGGCUGAGGAACAAACCCAAACCCUUGGACAUUAGACUUCAUUUUGGAAUUGGGCAAAUCCUGAUGGGUUUGAAAUACUGCAAUUUACAAAGACCAGAUCACUUUGUAAUUUUAAUUUCUCCACAGGAAGGGUAAAGUAGUCAGGAAAUCAGCAGUUCUUACAUAGUUCCAUAUCUGCAUAGGACCAAAAGUGGUUGUGGGUCCUCUUUGACCUCUGUCCUCUAUCAUUUUAAAACUUUCUUUAAAAAUCUUUGUGCCAGAGAAAAAACUCGGGGAGGGGGAGAUCCAACUCCUUAUGCAGAUCUCCCCAUCUUUACUUGGGAGAGGCAAACGCCAUCAGGUGAAAAUUCCUGCUGAUUCCUAAGAAGGUUGCGACAGACAGAAUAUUAACAUCCCAAGGGCGGCUCUGUGGAGGUUUGAUGGGGUUAAGUGUCAGUCUAGCUAGCUUUGCUUUUUCCUCUUAAGCAUUGUCUUUUUCCAAUGUAAAAAUAUCAAGACUACUUGUUACAAAUGGGGUGCUAGGUAUGUGUAUUUGCAUUUCCUGAUACCCAGAAUUCCCUUUCAGUUCAGUUUUUUUAUUAUACGGCAGUGCUGGGGUUUACCUUAGAAAGAAUGGGCCUGCUUCUGUGAGAUGCGAGCAGCUUUUGUGAAGCAUUGAGCACUCUGUAUUUUAUUAAACUUAACAGGCCCGAUCCUUUGCUGGUGCAGAAAUCUAGUGUAAUGCCUUUGAAUUUUUAACAAUGAGGCAAUUAACACUGGAACAACUUACCCAGGGUUGCGGUGGAUUCUCCGUCACUGGCAACUUUUAAAUCAAGAUUUAAAAGAUUUGAUGUCUUUCAAAAGAUCUAUGGUUUGCAGUAUUGUUGUAGCUGUGUUGGUCCCAGGAUAGUGGAGAGACAGGGUGGAUGAGUUAAUAUAGUUUUAUUUGGAUCUACUCCUGUUGGUGAAAGAGAGAAGCUUCAAUUUUAAUUCUGUGUAAGCUUAAAAGCUUGUCUCUCACCAGCUGACGUUAGUCCAGUAAAAGAUAUCACCACACCCACUUUGCGUGUAUCAGAUAUGCUGUAGUUCAAACAGAAAGUAACUCACAGUCCUGUGGCCUGUGUUGCGCAUGAGGUCAGAAUGCGGUCCCUUCUAGCUUGGAAUCGAUGACCGUCAGUGGAGUUACGCUGAAUUACACCAACUAAGGGUCAGGAUAAUUGAGGGCACAGAACACCUUGCAGAAUUGGGCCCAAAUCAACAAGCCGGGGAGGGGAGAAAUAGUUCUUUCUUACAGGGGCCUUUACAAGUGAGGACUUUAUGGAGUUUUCCCCACUUUGAGCCACUAGACAUGUUGGAGUGUCAAUCUAUAAUUUGCAGACUUUAUCAGACUGUUUUUGUGCUACCCUCAGUCCACCUAAGUCAUUGAUUAGAUAUGACGAUUUUCCAUCCACUUUUGCAAUGGAACGAACCUUGUGUGUGUUUAAACUACAUUCUCAGCAGUGCCAUUCCUAUUAAAGGCUGAUAAAGUACCUUUAUUCUGUGGAAAAGUUGGAAUGUCAAUCAUGCAGGCAGAACUUUUUCAAUCUCAUAAAUGUAAGUAUUGCUGUUGAUAAAGGGUUAAAAGUAGCCAGAUAGUAAAAGAGGCAACAGGAUAACAUGCAUGCAAUAAAUUCUGCACCUCAUGCCUAAAGGAAGUUAGUCACUUUCACAUGCUCUCGAAAGGCUGGUUGGUAAAACAUGGCCACGAUAAAUCCAUAAUCAGAGCAGUGGAGAAUACCGUGCUUGAGUGCUUCAUUGCUUACUUAAACCAGCUGUGUUCUUGUUUACAGGAAGCUAAUACAGCAGUUCCACAUAUCAAAAGAGGAAAGCGUUCUGGGGUCAAAAGGCUGUGAGGCUACUUUAAGUUAUAGCUUCAGCCUAAUUUUAUCAUUAGAGAGAGAGAGUGUAUAUAUGUGUGUGUGUGUGUGUAUAGAUAUACAAUAAAAACAGUGUGUCUGUAAUGUUUAAAUUCUGCAUGGAGGGCUUCUGGAUUUACACUUGUUUUGAAAACAGCUGUUCACCUCUGAAUGGAUAGUCUUAAUUCAUUUUGUUGGUUUGCUUGGUCAGUUUCUGUUGUUUGUUUUUACAUUUCCCUGCAUUUCACUGCUGAGAAAACCACUUUCCCUGCUGUGUUUUGCACCAUCUGUGUGACAAACAUGGCCCCCUUUUAUUUAGCUCUUAAGCCACGUCUACACUUAAAAGUUAGAUCAACAUAGCUAUUGUGCUCUGGGGCUUGAAAAAUUCACACCCUGAGCACCACAGUGAAGCCAACCUAGUCCUCCAUUUAGCCAGAGCUGUGUGGACAGAAGAAUUCUUCCACUGACCUAGUUAUUGCCACUUGGGAAGGUAGAUGACAUGUAUUGACAGAAAUAUCCCUUCCAUCACUAUAGAAAUUGAGCUACAGCUCACUUCAUCGGAUCCGAAAGCUCACGAAAGCUCAUGCUCCAAUAAAUUGGUUAGUCUCUAAGGUGCCACAAGUCCUCCUUUUCUUUUCACACUUCAUACUGUAAGUCAUGGCAUAGGGCGCAGUAUGCGGAUGAAGGAAGUUCCUCAUUCACAUUCACAAGGAAGUGCCACAUUCUUUACAGUUACAUUUGAAUCGCAGCAGAGAGACAUGCAGACUUCUUCAGGCAGCACUGAUACUUACUGAAUAGAAACCCGGUGAACUCUGCCCCCACCCAAUCCCCGUUCUCUGUUUAUAAAUGUAUGCUUCAAAGGGACUGUGGCUUUAAGGGUAUUUGGUGGAGUGGAGGUGGGGGAAACUCACAGUGUGUUUGGGGAGACUAAAAAAAAAACAAAACAAAAACAAUCUGAUGAUUCUGGCCAAAGUGUCAUGUUUCAAAUCUGCUACCGAGUUGUGGCAGCAGGCGGAAAAAUGAAGAAACAACAAGCCUCUGAUGCGUCUCUGCUCCCUUGAACGUCACUUUAACAUCUGCCCAUGCAGCUGAUUUGCUUCCUGCCCUUGCUGGGCUGCGGGUGAUCAUCAGCCCGUUGCCACACUCAUCUUUGCUGUGAGGUGCAGCCCUCAGAGACUGGCCCAUGGAGUGUUGUUUGUUGAGGCAUCCAGUCGCCGUGGGCCACCUACUGUAUUGAAAAGAAGAGUGGCAACCAUCUAUUUCACUUUGUGUUAAUUAAGUGUGCCUGGGAAGUUGUCAGGUGGCCCAGGGUUACAGUUGUUGUCUAUUCAGGCUCUUGUAUUGUGCCCCUCAGCGGGGCAGGGGGGAUGAAUUGUAAACAGCUACAUGAUCUGUGCAGAGAUUCGUUUUAAAUAUAAUCAUUAAACCGUGUGAGUGAGACCUCCAUCCUUGCAACCCAGAGCAGAAUUGGAGUUCAGUUGGAGCUUUACACUUUUUACCCUGAUCAAAAGCCUAGGAAUUGCCCUUCCUGAUCAGACCAACACUCAUCUAGUGCAGUGUCCUGUCAGUGGUCAGUACCUGAUGCUCCAAAUGAAGAUUUUUCCUAAUGCCAGGAAGUUAAAGAUUAUUUUUUGCCCUGAAGCAUGAGGGUUUGUGUUCCUUAUACAUUUAUAUCAUGUCUAAUGUAGCAUCCUGAUUCAAACUGUUUUCCUUUAAGGAUCUCAUGCCUUCCAAACUUUGCUCUGAUGGGCACAUUCUAGAGCUUCAGAAAAGUUUGUUACUCCCUCCUACAAGUUCCACAUUCCACCAGCGCUUCUUGCACGUGUCUCAAGUUUGCACAAUUCAAGAGUAUUGAUUUACACCCAGGAACGUGAAAAUCCUAAGGCUCUAAAUGUAAAUGUCAGGAAACCCACCUGACACCAUGAGAUGCCUGCUUUGUGUUUAUAGAGUGGAAAUGCUGCUCUGUUAUGAUUAUCAAUAAAUGUACACUACA